UUUACAUAAAGUAUGUUCUAUUGUAGUAACGUUGCAUAUUAUGGCCCAGACGCUUUGCUUGUAUAUAAAAGUUCAUCUUAGUUUUAAACCUUCAUUUUGUUUUAUGAUCAUUUUUAAUCAGAAUUAAAUAUAUCUCCUAAAUUUUUUGGUCAAGACAUGAUAUCUGAAGAAUGAUCGGACAUUUCAUUGAUCUCACUUGCUAGACCUGGUUUUAUUCCAUUCAGUUCUUCUGAUUGUUGAAUUCUGAUUGAAUUCGCGCAUCCAGAACCAAAUUGACGUUCAGAAAUGAACGAAUCGUCAUGCUUUUGAUAGGGUAGGUUUUCGUCGAGGGAAAAAAAAAUUUGCCGGAAAGCAUACGUUGCGUAUUUGUUAUGAUGGUGAAUUGAAAUUUUGCUAUUUCUACUAAAAUAUCUCUUGCUCCGUAAUUGAAAGGAUUUAAAUAAGAAAAAUGUCGUCCGCUGAUGAAGAUGAUGCAUCCAAUGUUGAUUUGGAUUCUGAUGGAGAUAGUGAAAUAUCAUAUCCAGAAGAUGAAGAUGCUGCUCUAGAAAUAGAACAGAAAACUGAAGUUCCUGAGAGUAUAAAUUUUAAGGUUAACAUUGUUGAUAUUGCAUUUCAUCCAAAGAGAAAUCUUAUUGCCACUGGCUUGAUUGAUAGUUCUAUUACUUUGCAUUCAUAUGGUGUAGGAGAUGUGAAAAAUAUGGAAUUACAAACUUUCGACCACCAUAAUAAAAAGCCAUGUAGGGCUGUACAUUUUUCUGCUUCUGGUGAACAUCUUUUUACUGGUGCGCAAGAUACUACAAUAGGUGUGGUGGAUCUUGAAACAAAUUCUGUUUUCCGCAAGUUUGGGAGAGAAGGUGGAUCCCCAAUCUAUUCAAUAUUACCUAUUGAUAAUUAUCUUUUAGCAUCUGGAGAAGAUGAAGGUGAAGUGAUUUUAUGGGAUUUCCGAAUGCAGGCACCCAUUGAGGUUUUUCAAGAUUGUGAGGAUUAUGUCAGUAGUUUGAUAAUAAAUAAAGAAAAAAAGCUGAUGUUGGCAACUUCAGGUGAUGGAAGACUUUCUGUUUAUAAUGUCAGGGCCAAGAAACUUGAAAUGCAAUCAGAAGAAUUGGAUUCUGAUCUCUUGUGUGCUGGCAUUUUCAAAGGUGGUACUAAAGCUGUUGUUGGUUCUACAGAUGGAGCCCUUAACAUAUUCAAUUGGGGUGAAUUUGGAAAUAUCAGUGACAGAUUUCCAGGCCAUCCAGGUUCUGUGGACUCGAUGGUUGUUAUUGCAGAUGAUGUUAUUGUCACUGGAUGUGAGGAUGGUAAAAUUCGAGCUGUUCAGCUGUUUCCUAAUAGAUUUUUGGGCUCUUUAGGAAACCAUGGUGGAUAUUCAAUCGAAAGAGUGCGUUUGUCUUAUGAUUCUGCAUACAUUGCCAGUUCAUCGUAUGACCAAAAAGUAAAAUUCUGGGACUUAUCUGGUAUUGAAGAACUCCGUAACGAAGAUGUAAAAGAAACAAAAGAAAAACAUAAACAGUUAAACAAGCCUGUGAAUGACUUUUUUGCUGACUUGGUUUAAAAAAAUCCUUGUACAUGUUAUUUUAGAUUAAAUUGGAAAAAGUGCCUUUCUGAAUUCA